AUUUUUAUAUGAGCUGAGCAGUACAACAGUAGUAGCACUGUUUCUAGGCAGAGAAGUCGAAGUUGGAUCAUGCGAUAUUGAGGAAGUACGGGUAUCCCAUGGGCUGUAACCCUGUCUGUUCUUUUCUCUUGGGUCCGUUCUUCCAAUUUGCCCUAACCCCAACCAUUUUCCGCUCCCGUUUGGUUCAAGUGUGGCACCACCAUUCUCAUCAUAAAUUUAAUCCCUUCCACUGUCACUCUCGCACACGCAGCACAUCGCACCUCUUAUCAUCUCAAGUCACAACAUCAAACCCUUCUACCACCACUAUGUCCACCGGGCCACUCUUGCCUCUUGAGGAAAAGCACCAAAACAAAUCCACGCCGGAGGAUGAUGAUUGGGAUUGGGAACCCGUUUUCCCACUCCCCUCCACCUUGUCCGCGAGCAUACUCGCUGUGCUUGGAUUCAUUUGCUCCUAUUGUAUCUUGAUCUUCUUCUGGCCAUGGGACAUCUCGUGGAUGGACGCUUUUGUGGCGGUAUUAGGUGCGGCGGAGGUAUAUAUUCUUUUAUGCAGGGGCUUUCCAUUUCAGCCGGGAAGUAAUUGGAGGAAGGGGCUAGAUAGAGAUGGGAAGCCAUGGGGGAAGGGGGGAUUUUGAAAGGAAUCGUGGACAGUGAUGGUGUAUGCAAUGGAAGUGCAGAUGCUUCGAAUCGUAUUUCUAUUUGAGUUGAGUUGAGGAGCCGGUGGAGAGAACCUUACCCGCCUUUCGAGUUGCCGCAAGAUUGAGCGCUUGGGGCUUCCCUUUGGGCCAGAGAUCUGAAAGUGCUCGAGAAGGACUUUCCUUUGUGAGGAGCUGGAUGGAUGAAUGGCUUUAGAGGCCAGGAGUGGUGAUUGAGGGAGAUGCUUUCAG